GCGGCUCGCGAGCGUGUCUUGGACUUGGUCUUGAUACAAUGGCCUCAACUUCUUUCAAUGAACAUGCCUUACUAUCAUAUCUACAAUUACCAGACUCCCACGAGCCGUCCCCUUCAGGAGAUCCAGUAUCAUUUCUUUCAAAGUAUAUACUGCGGCUCCCACAACAUCUAUCUGUGACCUUUUCAAGUAUCACAAGUCCGAAGGAACGCACAACCAUCCCUGCGGUACGGAAUCGGCGCCUAGGAUGGGUCAAGUCUUCGCCGAAUGAAUUGUCUUUUGAAUCUGCUCGACGGACGUGGCCCGUACUGUGGACUGGAAGCGAACGCCGUGGAAUUGAGGAAGGAGAUGAAGAAAAGCGUUGGGCGGAGAGUGACUUCAUGCAGGGGACUGAGAAACAUGUGAAGAAGUUAGGGGCGUUACUUGGACAGUAUGAAGAGGAACGAGAGGUGCAACGUCUACGGGAUAUUCGGAGACAACGGAUGGCUGCAGAAGAGUUUGUACCAGAGGAGGAUAGUGAAAGUGAAGAGGACGAAAACGCUGAAACAGCAGUUGAAAGUUUCGAGGAGCAGAGGAAAGCAUUUGAAAGGCAGAUACAUGAGAUGUUCAUCUAUGGCCUGCUUGAUCAAAUUGAUUACGACUCUGUGGAUUUUAACGACAGUUUGGACAGAGAUAUUGAAAGAGAAUUGGAGGAAAGGUGGUUUGAUGAUGAUGAUUAGUGGUCUCGGCCGCCAGUCCUGUGACACUGGUCGCAGCUUCCGAAUUGCCAAACGAUUCGACAAUCUCUAUUAACACUUCAACUCCCAGAGUUUGGCGAGUUUCUCUCUGCUUAGGCGAUACCUGGAUCCGGAAUAGCUGCAAUGUGAUGAUUACAAGACCUUCCAUAGUGGCUGAUUGUCGGCACGAAGACAGGAAGUUCUCUGCCCCUCCGGAAUCCAGUCUUCUCACUGACCUUCCCAUUGGGUUAUUGGGAGGCCUUGGGAUUAUUUGAUAAUUUGGAGAGCCACCGAGACAAGAUAUUCAGGACUUUGCCAUCAUAUACACUCUUACAAAUCGCAAUCGGAUCCAUACCCAUAGUAUCCAUGGAUGAUAGUAGCCACGACUGGCUUAGGGUAGAUGUCUUGUGUUGCAUGACUGCAUAUUCGUCUUCAUCCAAUCGGUCGUAACAGGAGAAGGGCGUCGAAGGGACUAAACAUUUACGGCACACUUCGGUUGUGGUCUGACGUUAUUUGACGCAGACUUCACGGAAUCACCAGAACGAAUACUGAAUAAAUACUGGAACUGGAAAUGGUGCAUGGCAAAUUAUCCGGGCGGCAGAAGCCUAUCCAAAGGCGCGGCCGAUGUUAAACCACUGCCAAAAACUUGGCUCCUUGAUAUCGUUGAUCCUGGACAAGCCAUACAAGGACGUUGUCCAUGUUGGAUUUGCCAUGUAUCAUGUCGAUUCACUUCAGGUUUCUACAGCUGAACUACCGGAUGUCAAACCUCCGACGCCUGCAAUGGGAGCGAAUAUUCGACGAUGUGUAUCUGCUGAAUAACAUUUCCUGCUCUGACCCCUUGCACACGCUGUCCUGCCCGCUAUUUCACAUAUCGUCGCGGGGCCAAUCGGAGAAGUCCUAAAAAAGGCUGAGAUGAUGCCAAAGUCGAGAGAGAAGUGGUCAGAAGAGAGGGCAGCUCCCCGGGAUGCAGAAUCGAUUCACGAUGUGUGGUUUUGAAAAGGCCUGGCCUCGUGUAUCUGAGAUGGAUGAACCUAGUCUGAUGAUUUCUCGUCAAGUCGAAAGGGCGUACUGCCUGCAAUGAGCCCACCACGGUCCUCGACGCCGUAGCGGUGUUUAUUAUUCGCCGUUUGUCCUUGAACAGGUGGCAGACCAAGCCAUGGUGUGUUCUUCUGUUCUAUAUAGAAUAACUCCAGUUUCCUGCCCGUCGCUGGGACCUCGCACCGGAUCAUCCGCGGCGUGUUAAAAAGCCAUUCGGAUCAAAAUACCGUCCAAUGAAAGAAACCUCGGGUGUAUGAAGCUAUUCGCCGUUCAUCAUCCGUCGGAUUCCGCCGAAUUCGACAACCCGGAUGACGGCGGAUCAUAUCACAAUGUUCUAUAGAAUGAGGCUCGAAGUAUUGCACAUCGCCAUCUCCUCAUAAGUACAGUACAUAUACAUACAUUCACACAAUCCACAGUCCCUACGCUAAUGAUCUUCUUGCCCAUUCUUCUACUUCAGACUACAUAGGCGUUCUGCUCGACCCAGGUCUGGAUUGAAGGUAAAACAUUCUCGUGUCCAUAUCCGUAUCCUGGUUGAAUUGGAGGUAAUUCGGCCGCUUCUGUAUUAUACGCGGGUAAUGGAGAUGCAUAUGGGGG